UAUGGAACAACAAUACGUAAGAUUCUUCAGCAGCACUGGACGCGGGUUGUUCCAACAGUUCUAAGGAGCUAUCAGGCCUGAACUCCGAGAUAAAACGGCAGUCCCGCAUCCCAGGAACAGAGAGCAGACUGGAUUGCUGCUGGAUCUGGAUCGCCAGUGAUUUACGAUACUAGGAAAAGUCCAAGAAAAGUCCAAAUGCCUCGGUCCUUCUUAGUAAAGAGUAAGAAGGCGCACAGCUACCAUCAGCCCCGCUCCUCUGAAGAUGACUAUAGUAAACUGGAUACUCUUUUAGCUCACAUAUGUGCAGGUAUAAAAUACAAUUCAAAUUGACUCGGAUGCCUUGAAGAGGUGGACAAUGGCAGCGGCGGGUUCUCCCCCGAUUCUCACCUGGUGGACACCGCAGACUUCGCCUCCAAGUCCCCACUCAGCUGUGGUGACAGUAUUUGCGGUCCAGCCUCGGAUUAUGAAGACUUCUGGCGACCUCCAUCUCCGUCAGCGUCACCAGUGGAUUCAGAAAAAUCCCUGUCUGCCUCGGUGGACGAGACGCAACCCUUCGCAGUUCCUUUUCGGCCGUAUGCGUGGAACAGUUACUCUGGAGCUGAAAUCCGGCAUCUAGUCCAGCAGAGCCUCCAGCACCAGUACCCCCCAUCCCAUGGACCUGGAACGAAGCACGGCUCUCGGUACUAUGGUGAUCGGGCCCGUCGAACCAACCCUAUUCGACAGAAGUCCUGUUUCUGAAAUUACAGUGAUUACCGUGCGGCUGCCUGUCUGUUCGAUAGAACCUCCGCACCGGUUGUUGGGUUGUCUCUGAAGGGAAUCCGCACGCGAAAAGGUCCUGAUAUUAAGGCUGAGUCUGACCUGAUGUGCUCACGUCUCAUUCUUAAUGUGCCUACAAGUGCAAUCAAAUGCAGUAAGGUGUUUUCGACUCCCCACGGGCUGGAGGUUCACGUUCGCAGAUCACACAGUGGCACGAGGCCCUAUGCUUGUGACAUGUGUGGCAAAACCUUCGGACAUGCUGUCAGCCUCGAACAACAUAAAGCAGUGCACUCUCAGGAAAGAAGUUUUGAUUGCAAAAUCUGCGGUAAAAGUUUCAAAAGGUCGUCGACUCUUUCCACGCAUCUCCUCAUCCACUCGGAUACACGGCCUUACCCAUGCCAGUAUUGCGGGAAGAGAUUCCACCAGAAAUCAGACAUGAAGAAACACACAUUCAUUCACACAGGUGAGAAGCCGCACAAAUGCCAGGUGUGUGGGAAAGCGUUCAGCCAAAGCUCCAACCUCAUAACGCACAGCCGAAAACACACCGGCUUCAACCGUUCGGAUGCGACCCUCUGCGGAAAGGGAUUCCAGAGGAAAGUAGAUUUAAGAAGGCACAAAGAAACACAGCAUGGACUUAAAGCUUCAAAACUAAAAAAAUAAUAAAUGGACAUCAAACACUAUUUCAACAAACCACUUGUCUUUUUGGAAACCAGAAAUAAGCUAUUGGUUCCUCAAUCAUUCAUUCUUUGAUAUAGGUCUACUGGCGGAGGUAAGCCUGUAGCCUGGAGGCUUUUGUGCAGUGUAGCUUACUGCUGUAGGUUAAAACAAAACCGUUUCAACCAGGGAGGGACACUACCUGAACCCAAAAUAUUUGUACAAAAUAACCGGAUAGGCAAUAUAACUACCAAGAAAGUGCAGCGUGUUAUGAAAAUCAACAGACGACAAAUUUCCAACGGACGGUUUGGAAAAGAGCUCUAAAGAAUGUCCCUUUGUUUUCUGUUGGACUUUUGGAUGCUGGCACAACAAUUACUACAACACGGCUAUGUGAUUUAAUAAACCCAAGUGUUGUGUAUUUGAUUUUUUCAACUUUGUUUUUAAAUUGUACAUAUGUAAUUUUAUAUAGAGCAUUUCAACAUUAGGCUAUAUACAGAUGUGGUUAUAUAUCAUAGGCCUAUAAUUUCAAUAACUAUUUAUUGGUCAGAAUAUCGUUUGAAUAAAACAUGAAAACAUUCAUUAUUGGUCAGAUUAUCGUUGAAUAAAACAUGAAAACAUUAA